AAAGUACUACAUGGAGUGCCCAAAUCAAUCAUCCCCAAAUGAAUUCAUCCUCUCCGGGUUUCCUUGUACAGAAGACUUGAAGGUCCCCUUGAUUCUCUUCUUCUCCGUCAUUUUUGCACUCACUCUUUGUGGAAAUUCUCUGAUCAUCUUGGCGGUGAUCACCAACCUUCACUUGCACAAGCCCAUGUACUGGUUCCUCUGUCACCUCUCCAUCCUGGACAUGGCCUUCUCAGCUGUUGUGGUCCCCAAAGUGACUGCAGGAUUCAUCCAGCCGAAAAAUAUCAUUUCCUUCUCCGGGUGCGUCUCACAGGUAUUCUUUUUGAACUCGGUUGGGUGUACAGAGUGUUUUCUUUACACCGUGAUGGCUUAUGACCGCUUCUUGGCCAUUUGUAAACCACUCCACUAUGGCAACCUCAUGAGCUCAAAAGCCUGUCUCCUUCUCUCCUUGGGUACCAUAAUUGGAGGGACCCUCCACUCUGCCUUUCAGACCUCUCUUACCUUUCAUUUGCCUUACGGAGAGCACAACAAUAUUGACUAUAUCUUCUGUGAUAUUCCGUCCAUCCUGAAGCUGGCUUGCAUUGAGAUACAAUUGAUAGAAAUGGUUAUCAUCAUCGACAUGGGCUUUGUGACAAUCACCUGCUUUCUCCUCAUCCUAGCAUCUUACACUUACAUCAUUACCGCCAUUUUGAAGAUCAGUAGCCAUGAAGGACGACACAGAGCCUUCUCCACUUGCUCUGCCCAUCUCACUGUGGUGGUCAUAUACUACCUGCCCUUGUUUUCUCGUUAUUUGAGACCGGCUUCUCGGGACAUCCUGGAGAGUGUGGUAUGUGUAUUCUACACCACCAUCACUCCUCUGUUGAACCCCAUAAUAUACACCCUUAGGAACAAAGAGAUGAAAACUGCUCUGGUGAAACUCUGGGGUAGGAAUCCCGAGUAG